GCCUUCUGUCUUCUCACCCCCGCCUCCCAUUCUGGCCUUCCCCUUGGAUAGGCCUUGGAUAGCCCUUGGAAAGAAGAAUAUGGAGCCCCUUGUGAGCCUUUUUGCCCCCACAAUUUUGACGAUGAAAGUUCUUGUCUUUCUCCAACUUUCGCAUUCUUCGUCCUAACUUAAUAUCUCCAUCCUCUUAGUUUCAAUGGCUGAAAAACAGAUGGAUCAGUCUCAAGCUCGUCGACGACGACGAGAUGGAUCUUCAGGUGUACAACAGCGUUUGUGUACGCAUUGCGGACGAAGCUUCAAGAGGUCUGAGCACUUGGAGCGCCACGUUAGAACCCACACCAAGGAAAAACCAUAUGUCUGUCAUUGUGGAUCGGCCUAUUCUCGUCGAGAUCUCUUGACCCGCCAUCAACGUAUUACACAUGAGACUUUGUCGCCAAGGUCGCCUGAUGGCCCGCCGUCGGAAGACAAUCAUCAGUUGGCCGCGGCCGAAGAGGAUCCUCCUUCCGAGGACCCUAUCUCCUCUGCCGCAUCUAUUCCGGAUAUGAAUAUGAACCACAAUAUUCAGCAGCAGCACCAACAACAGUAUUCAAAUCCGAACCAUGGUUUAGCUAUUCAUAACCAAGUUGUCACCCAGCCUUACCAGUUGAUCACCGGCCAAGAAUUCUACCCCAAUGGCCAGCACUAUUCCGGGUUUGACCAUUUCCAGGAAAUACACAAUUUCCCCGACCCGGUCAGUCUACCUCCGGAAUGGAGUCCAUAUCUUCAUAGUCCGGGCCUAGAGCAAGACAUGGUGGAUCCUGCUUUACGAGGCUCGAUGGUUGACGUAUCGUCGCCUCUUUCCAAUGAGAAUUUCUCGGUGCACGGCUACAAUCCUUGGAUGUCACCGACUGCUCAGAAAUGGGGCAAUUAAGUGAGAUCCGUUCCGGAACAGCACGACCCACUCCGAGCUUUGAUCGUUAUUCCGAAUGAUAACGAAUCUACCAAUCUACCAUCCCGCCCUUUUCGGUA